GGCUCUUCUCCUCUCUCUCUCUAAGAGCAUUAACUGUAGUGUGUUCUGCUGGUGACAGGGCUGUCAGGGUCAGAUGGCUGCUCAGCCUGAUUAGACCAGCUCACAGCAGAUCCUUAGCGAAGCACACUGCACUGCCACAGCCAGGCAGAGACACAAUCUGGCACUCGCAGCACACCAGAGGAAGAACAGGUGGAGUUCAAUGUUCCAGUGGGGCAGAGCAACAGGUUGUUUCGGAAAAACUUUAUUUCACGUUGCCUGAGUGUCACAUGAUUCCACUUCUAGUGACAGAAAGAGACUGAAAGCAGGUGGAGUCAGGUGGCUGAUGUAAACACUUUGGUUGGUGGGGACGUCAAAGAGCAGGUAAGAUUUGAUAUUUUGCCAUUUGAGAAAUGUAUUAUGAUUUAAAUGUGUUUGAAUAGGUUUCUUAUGCUUUUACAACCUUUGUUACCUGAUAACAGAUGAAAUCCUUUAUAGUUUUAGUAAAAAUAGCUAAUGGAAAGUCACAAUUUCUCUCUGGAGCAAGCUGAGAGGUGGAGGAUACAUGCCAGACUAGCGCUGGAGACAGAAAACUUUGAUGUUUCAUACAAGCAGCCGUAGUACAGCUAUAAAUACAGCUGCAGAGAGUUCAGAGGUUUACUAUAACAGGCAGUUGGCUGGUUGUAAGUCAGCACUCACUCUGUUGUAGAGCUGCUGCUGCUUCUGCUUCUGCAGGACUUUGGUGUAACUCUGGGUCAGUGUUUUGGGGAUUUCCUUGUUCGGUAGCCAGGCUGUCAACUGAGGUAAGAGGGAAGGCUGAAUAUUAGUUCAGCCUUCUGUCCAGAUUUAGGCAUUUAGCGCACCUUCUUUUCAGAGGGACCUGUUGUAGCAGUUACAGCGAAACUCUUGUGGAGAUGUAAGGCAGAGCAGGUGAAUGUAACGGGAUUUGAGACUAAUGCUAACCUGCCUGGCUGUUGUCUUUACUACUAACCCACAAGCUUACUGUGUCUCAUUCAGCCUCACGUUGCAGGUUCUUUAGAGGGCUUUGGCAGCCUAACACGGCUCUAUGAUAAUAUUGAGAUCCAUUUUUAACUUCUUUGGGUCCUGACCCAGCCUAUGGGUGGAAAACAACCAGGCAGUCUGACGACCAACUGGGGAUGCACCUGUUUUUACAAAACAGACUGUGCUCCAGGUAACAGGCGAGAUCAGCUUUAUAGUUUUAUUGGGAAUAAAACAAAUCGACACCUCUUUACUCAGGGUCAUUUAUGUUUUUUUGUGCCGUUUGUGGAUGAAGAUAUUUCGAUGACAGCUAUCAGCAUAAAGUGAGAGCAGUUCUUGUAAAGAGUUGGUAUUUGUAUGAGUUGGUGUUGGGAUACUUAGUUUCUACCAUAGUGUCUAUAGAGUGUCUUUUUUGUACCCCGUGACUCUACUGGGUUGUUUUCUUGUGAUUGUUUUGUUUAAACCCACAUUUUCACUGUUCUGAUUUGGUGGUGUUUGUGUUGUAUGAGGCUGUGAACCCUUAAACAGAGCUCUUCUACAAACCCAAUAAAGGAAAGCAAAGGUUACUAUUACAGUAUGUAACAGUACUGUCUGGAUGAGAAAUGAUUGACCUCUAGCCUGAUUAGCUGUAAUGCAGGAUAAAUUCCUAAUUAUAGAGAGUCAACAACCUGGAAUAGACUACACUCCUCUGGAAGAGUUAGUGGGUAAGUCGACAUGUGAUUAUGAAGUGUGUGUGUGUGUGCAUGCGUGCGUGCGUGUGUGUGUGAGCCUGUCUGUGUGAGUGCGUGUGGUGCUGAGGUGAAGGGGUGAUGAUGGCUUACUCAGAGUACCUCAGGACAUUCCCUGGUUGUUUGUCUGAAUGUUUUGGACAUGUGAGCGUCAGGACCACCAAUCAUAAUUUCCUUUCCUCACUUUUUCUUUGGUGUGUUCUUGCUUUUAUCAAUCAUACAAGAAACAAAGAUAUGGCUUCUCUAUCAUUCAAAACGAAGAAAAUAGAAUCACAUCUAAUUACAUCUCCUUCUAAAGCCACAUUUUCUCUAAAAGAUCUGCUACAUCCUGCUUUCCUCAUAAACCGCUCAAAAUAAAAGAUUUUUAAAGCUUUCCUGGCAAGCCCAUGACACCUUUUUAAACUGUUGCUGCUGUGUCAAAGGUAUUAAACCUGUUGACUUUAUAAGAAAGUAAACAAGCCUGUGCUUUAUCAUCUGACAAUCCGACUUGUGUUUACCCGGAAAGGGCACAUUGAUUGGUUUAACCCCACAGUGGUUUAGAUCAGGACAAAGAAGAAGAGCUGAUGGGAAUGAGCAUGUUCAAAUUACAUUCAGGCUAAAUGGACCCUAUUUAGGUGUCAUGAUAAAUAUCAUUCCAUACUAUAGAUGUUUUGAAUUAAAGAUGCAACCUGAGAGCGACAAUGACAACCUUUAAAUCUAAGCCAGUAAAACUGGAGGCCCAAAGAAGACUCCUUUAACCUGAGUGUCCUUUUGUGUGUCUUUAUUAUACUUCUGUAUAACAUCUUCUUUCUAAAGCCCAAUAAACUGCCUUUCAAUUCACUCCUCCCCUACCAGUAUAAUCCACAUUCAAUAGACCACUAGAUUCUAGACUUUUUCUCCUCUUUUUUGCCUUAAGUUAAUUUUCUUGAUAACAUGCUUUUAUGAUGACAUACAGUACAUCUAAUAAAUUUUCCAUGUUUUGUGAACCUCAGCAUCAUAGAUUAGAUUUACUCGCUCAUACUGCAUUUGUCAUCUCUUUCCUUCAGUCACAUGUGCAAUUCAUGCCAACAGGAACCCUUUUGUCUGGUUUUCAGCAACUGUGUGAGAUAAUAGUUUACUUAUAGUGUGUUCUUUGAUAUAGGCCUGCACAUUAUAAGAACUAAAAUGUGGGUUUACAUUUUGCAACAACAGUGUGGAGUGUGAUAGAUAAAAGAUGAAGAGGGUAUAGGGUGAGAUGAAUAUCCUGUAUCUCAGCACAAUCCAAUACAGCCAGCGUGUCUAUAUUGGCAAAUGCUGGUCUUAGAGAAGAUAAAGGCAAGCUUGUGCUUAAUUUACAUGCUUGAUGGUGUCUUCCUGAAAGAUUAGAGGCCGCCAUAUCUUUGUCCUGCUCAGUGGAAUAAAUACAGACUUUUGUGAUGUGUUUAUCGUGGAUGCUCAAACUAAGAAAACAGAGGCGAUAAUGAGUCUGUUUUGACUUACUUUGCAGCCUGUGUAUAUAACUGGCUACGAGCCAGAGCCAAAACUACCUUAAAGAGGCAAUAGACAUAAAUAUGAAUUUUGGUUAAUAACAGCAGUCUUGAAAAUUUCUCAACUUGUUUUAAAAGUAUUGAAAGGACCAAACUAUUUCUAAAAGCAUCUAACAGUUGCACCAGCUGAAAUUUUGUUCCUACCAACGUUCAUGGCUGCUUUUUCCAGAGUUUCUUAUCUAAUGACUGGGUUUUCUUGUUUUGUGCUUUAGAAUCGCUAGUUGAUGGAGUUUGUGCGGCGGAGUGGUGACUACUGCCACGCUCAACACAUUUAAACCCUACCUGGGAUGAAGCUGCACUAUGAAGACCUGCAGCCCUAAGGGAGUGUUGGCCAUUGCCCUAUGAACCAGCCAGUCCAUGGGGUAACAAGGGGAGCAUCUGCACUGAAAGACAACUGACGAGAGAGAGGAAAAGGAAGAGAGGAAGACACAAAGAGUGAAAAGAACUGGACAAUCAGAGAGACAGACACAAAGGGGACGAACGGAGGCAGAGCUGACACUCGAUAGACUCCUGUACUAAAGGAUAUAGACACCUGAUGGGGUAAUACUUUAUAGAACUGGACCCAAGAAUCAGGAAAAUAAUUUUAACAGCUGUUAAGAGUCUCCAAAUAGGACAUUCAGCCGGAGACAAGAAGUUCAGAGUCACCUGGAGAACUGGUACAAGGCGUACACCAAGCAGCAACCUGUUACGGCUGGGACUUAAGGUAAGUAUAGCAAUGCACCAGCUGGUGAAAUCAUUCUGUGGUUUCCUUUUUAGUUCAGUAAGCUAAAAUUAAGCUAAUGAUUUCCUUUUCAAAUUAGUUUUCUUUAUUAGGGUACUUUCAUUUCCUUGCAUAUGGAUACAUUCCUUUUCCUGUUUUCUGUACUUCUUCUUUCUUUAAUAAGUUAUUGUUACAGUAACAAAAUAGAGAGGUUUACUUAUAGGACAUCUAAAAAUAUUUUCAAGAACAAACUUCACCCAUCCUGAUUAAGUUAUUACAGUCUAUGCUAAGGCAGAGGACUGGUCUGGUAGCUGUGCUGAGCACUGCUGUGAUACAAAUGAGUAGCAUUGGCUUUGAGCUGCUUCAGUCAGACAGUUAUAAUGCCCCAACUCAUUCCCGGCCAACCUGCUUGCUGAGACUCUCAUGUUGUUUCCCUCAUCAGAGGCCUCAUAUAGCACCAAAUAGUUCUUAUCAGCACUCUAACUAAAAUAGUGUCAGGGGAAUGUGUGGCAUCCCUGAAUUAAGAUUACUGAAAUUAAAAUUCCUUCUCAAAUACUCUCCCGGCCGUGUUAUCUUAAUGAGGACGUGCACAUGAGAAAUGCCAGUCAGCACUUAACAACCAUCAUUUUGUUAGUCUGAGCCAUGCUUGUCUUUGUUUUAAAGCUUCUCUAUGGAGAUUUGGACCAGUUAUGAGACAGACUGAAAUUGAGAAAUAAUUUGUGAAAUAGAACUAAUAGUGAACAAGGCCAUCAGCGGGAAGAUGGAUUGUUUUUAUAUCGUUUUUAUAAAAGGGAAGUUAUUGGAGGAAAUGAUCAACAGCUUACAGCAGAAACUGCUUUUGGAAAAAAAAAAAAAAAAACUGUACAACAAAAAUUAACAGCAAGCGAUACAUCUGACUUUUUAAAAAAGUUAAAAAGAUGUUUUUGUUAAAACUGUAUUUACAGACAUGAGGGGAUAUAAUCACCACAGAGAUGUAAAAGGUUUUACUUUGUCCAAAAUCUAGACUUACUUCCUGGAAGUUUGUCCUUGAAGCUUUAAAUGAAAUACAGUAUGGAAAAUGUUUAGAUAUAAUCAGAGCGAAAACCCUAUGGUUGUAUUCAAUACAGACUUCAGAAUGGUAGAUAUAGUACCCCAAUUAAAAAAAAAAUUGAUCCCACACCGGUGUUUCAGUUGUUCUGUCUUAUAAGACGAGGUUUGAAUCCUGUAAAUCCAAAACAUAAAACCAUACAAUAGAGAGCAGCAUGAGUUAUCCCCCCCUCCACAGGUGAAGAAUGAAUAAUUUACAGUAUAAUUCAUAUCCACCCUCAGGCAGUACAUUUAAAUUUUCAUACUUUUACUGCAGUGCGUAUUGCAUCUACCCUGGUCAAAGUAUCAGCAUGCAGUAUGCAUACACUGAGGACAUACCACUCUGUCAUAGCACUAGACCCUUAAUUUUGGUCCUCAUGUUUGUGGUACUGUACCUAUCUCUAGUGCAACAAAGGUGCCUGUGUGGCUCAGUUGGUGGAGUGGGUGCCAUAGGUACAGAGGCUACAGCCCUAAUUUCACUGAUCCUACACUGAACCCAUGGUCUUUGCUUGAUUUGGCACGUCUUCCUCACUCUACUUCUUUUCUUAUCCCCCUGAAGCUGCCCUGUCUAGUAAGGGCAAAAAGCAUAUAAGGCCUUUUAAUGAAGUUCAACAGUCGUCUUCGAUUAUUGUUCUUAUAUCAAGGUUUCUCUCUUUUCACUUUGUACAACAUUUCUGUGAAUAUGGGAGCUUGUCAUGAGAUUUUGGUUGAUCUAACAGAUUUGGUUGCGAAGGGGUAAAGUUUAAGAUACCAACUUUUCAACACGUUCUUGCACAGAUAGGUGUAACACUAAUGAGAGCUCUUAUCAAUAAGUGUGCCCCUGCAAGCAGUGAGGCUGAGUCCUGAAGCUACAGCAGUCAAAUGAUCUUUAGCCAUUACCUGUGCUUGAUUGAUGAACAUUUCUACCAUGAUCAAGCUUUUUGUUGUCAAAGACAAAAAAAGAUAAAAAGGCACGUUAUCAGAGAUGGUUGAGACAAAUCUGCAGAAUUGCAUUUUUAUUUGAUCGGUAAAAAAAAAAAAAAGAAAAGCGAGGCAAAUGAGACUGAAAUCUCACAGGAAAAGUUUUGUUCUAAGUAAUAUGAGUGCCAUAUUUUACUUUGAGCUUUUGACCAACAUAUAUUUGCCCCCAGGUAGAAGUCAAAGGUCAUCCCAAGACAGGAAAGAGCUCACUGGCCACCAUGAAUCGUCCAGCUCCAGUGGAACUGUGCCACAAGAACAUGAGAUUCCUCAUCACACACAAUCCCACAGACAGCACACUCAGCUCUUUCUUAGAGGUAAGAUAUAUUUGUUUGUCUGUGCGUUGGCAGGUAUACAUCAGCAAACACUUCUACUUCAUGCUUGAUUGAUUCGUUUGCAGUAGAACCACUCCAUGAGCAUACAUUCUCCCUUUAUUCUGAAAAUCCUCUAUUAUUUUUGCUCACUGUUUCAGGAUCUGAAGCGUUAUGGUGCCACCACUGUCGUUCGAGUCUGUGAUGUCACGUAUGAUAAAACACCUUUGGAGAAAGACGGCAUCACUGUGGUGGUGAGCACAAACCAAACAGCAAUAAACACACAUUUACAAAGUGACAGAGCAACAACAAAUGUCCUGUUCUUACAGGACUGGCCUUUUGAUGAUGGAGCCCCGCCUCCUAGUAAGCUUGUGGAUGAUUGGUUGAGUCUGCUGAAGAAGAAGUUUCAGGAAGAUCCCGGAAGCUGCGUUGCUGUUCACUGUGUAGCUGGACUUGGCAGGUUAGUGAAAUGAAACAAAAUAAAUGCAGAAAUCAAACACCAUGAAUGUCAUACAAAACUAAAUCUCAUACAUGUCUUGUUUCUGCUUUUAAGCUUGGUUAGAGUUGUUGGAUUUAAGUGACAUUAUGAAUUUUGAAUAGAGGUUCAGAAACAUAAAAAAUAUAAUAUUCAAUAUCUACUGUCACUGUAAGAUGUCAGUGCAAUGUCAGUGACUCUGUGUUUGUUUAUGUAUUCUUGCAGGGCUCCUGUGUUGGUUGCACUGGCUCUGAUAGAGAGUGGGAUGAAGUAUGAAGAUGCCAUUCAACUUAUCAGACAGUAAGAAAAUUUAUGUUUACAUCCCAAUAACACAAAGAUAAUGCAGAUCAUGGUAUGAGAGCACUGCCAAUCUAUAAAACAAAACGUGUUAAAUAUCCGGGGUGCUUAUCUUCAUGAAAAAAAAAGCAAAAAAUAAAGAUCUCUAUAUGAGAAAGCAAGAACACUCUUAAACAGUCCACAAAAAGGUUAUAAAUGGUAUAAAUGCUCUGUUUUCCCAAGAUAAUAAUAUGGAUUUACUGCUUUGACAUCACACUUUAUUUAGCUUGUUAUCUUUGAAUAGUUAAGCUUGUUGUCCCAUUAUAGCACAUUAAAUUAUGGCAUUAUCUUGAGAUAACAAAGCUUGUUUUCUUGUGAUGCUGAGAUACAUUGGACUGGACUCCAGAAAUGAAAUUAACAAGAUUGAACCCAAUGCAAUGUAUAGGUGCAUGUCUGCUUGGGCCCUCUGAAUAAAUACUUACAAUGGUUUAGAAAUCACUUUUCAGCUGUACAUACACCAGUAAUUCACGUGUGGAUGAUACCUAGUUCCCUCCUCUUUAGUGCCAUCUAGUGGCCAUAUGUUAGCAGACGGCAACACAGUGCUUUCACAUAUUGUAUGUUGCGCCCAUUGAAAAGCAUUGGCAGAGAGAUAAAGCAUACAUUUUGAGGAUAUUAAUGAAAGGGAUGAAUCACAGCAAAGAAAAGAAGAAGCAUGGAUGUCCUUCUGUCUUUAAUGCAAUAAUUUAUUCCAGAUCCUUAUUGUCAAAAGAUUUUUUGAACAGUCUGUGUAAAAUUCCUGAUUUUGGCUGUGCACUGUGUCUUUUUCAGGAAACGUCGAGGAGCCAUCAACAGUAAGCAACUCACCUACCUGGAGAAAUAUCGAUCCAAGCAGAGGCUUCGCUUCAAAGACUCCAACACACGCAAAAACAAGUGUUGCACCAUGUAAACACUCAUACAUACACACUCACAAACACUAAAUCUUGUAUCCUUCAGCAGAUUCUCUCAGGACUCCAACUAUUCAAGCCUUCUUUCACAAUCACGAUCAUUAAAUAUAUUGGCUUUGUAACUAAUCAAAGUCUACUCUGAUAAGCUUUCAAUAUUCAUCCCUGCCAAACCUAUCCUUUUUCCUCUGUUGUUGACAAUUCUUGUCUUUUAAGGAUGAUUUUAUUGGCAUGUUUGCUUUAAAAUAUUGUUGACCUUUAAAAGAUGGUAUAAAUGGCAAGAGAAAAUUUGAAUUAAAUCAUGUUAGGAGGUUUAUUGUUUAGGCUUAUGGGCUCUAUUGUGUCUUCAACAGACACAUCUAUAAUGUGUAUCUUGGAGAACACCUGGACAAAACUGCUGUAUAAGUAAUUUAUGAUGAUACAUGAUUUAUAUGUUGGCCUUCAAAACCAGAUUUUGAAUUUUAUCACUUGCAUGUAUUAUCAUCAUGUCAGAACUUGAUCAUUGUCAUUGUAAACGAGAGCAAGCAGCUUUCCUGCUGUUUUACUGUACCUUUAUGUCAGUAAUUCACAAUGUUCUUCCUUUUCUAUUAAGCACCUUCAUUUGUACUGAAGAAAUAAGGGCUUUCUUUCAUCCUGGCCAUUAAUCUCAUUCAUAAAUAAUCAGUUUAAACAUCAGCUUCUAAAAGUAUCUAUUAUUCAUAUAAAGCCUUUAUUUGGUUUUGCUGUGUCACCGUUUUAAUAUUGUGCUCAAAUUGUGUUUACAUAUCAAUGUGUGCAUUAUAUUAUGCUCUGUUUACUGACACCUACAGAAGGAAGCCUCACUAAUAGAAGCAGCUGAUUGUAAGCCAUUGUACAUCAAAUAUGUAUGAUAAAAAGAAAAUGUUUAUGACAUAAUGACUGAGAAAUGUAAAAUAAUUGUAAAUAAUAUGAAAUGAGGAUCUCUGAAUUUGUUUUGGAUCACUCUUCCAAGACAAUGACUUGAAAAUUAGCCUCUGUCAGGGAAGAGUCUCCAUCUGAGUUAACACAAUCUCUUAAUUUUACUACAUAGGAGAUAAAUGGAUAGAUUAUGAUACUGGUUUAAUCUUUCCACAUCUAGUAUUGUGCAUCACAGCACUCAUCUGUUAGCCUUUAAGGUUAAAGUAGACGACUUGUAUUUUUAUGUGAUUUGUUUUUUGUUUUUCAAUUUUUGUUUCAAAACGAUGCAUGUAACCAAAUGCUUCUGACAUGUAUUUUUUUCCCCCAAUGAUAGAGCAUGCACUUUUUAUGUUUGAACAGUUGCUUAUGAGAGUUUUCUUAUUAUGUACUCUAUAAAUACAUCUUAAACAACAGUUUGUGAGAAUGAGAGCUAAGAGUGUAAAACUAAAGUAAAACAGGAGUUAUAAUUCGGAGUGGAAAGAUGGUCGACGACCAUUCUUGUGAAGUGUCACUUCUUUGACAAAGUGUGGCUGUAAGUGUGGGAUGCGUGUCUGUUUGUUUCAAUGUGUGUGUGUGUGUAUGUACGCGUGUGCGUGCGUGUGUGUGUGUGUUAUAGCCUUUAAAUACUAUUAAUCACUGACUGGCCUGAGCUCACAGUUUGUUAUGAUAAAAAAACAUCUUGUAGAUGUCCACAUAUCUGUAAAUUCUUACACUGUUAAAUAAACUUUUUGUCAUUGUCACUAUGUUCUA